AUGUCUGUCAAAUCAUCAUUUCUUAUCAAAGAUCUCAUUGCAAGUGAUCGAGUUGAGAUUUUGAGACGAGGUCCAAGUGACUGUGACCUUAGCGAAGAUCAAGGAUCGGGCGGAGUGAAAAAGUCUCGAAGGAGAAGAACAGCUUUCACCCAUUCUCAAUUAGCGUUCCUCGAAAGGCGCUUCAGACUACAAAAGUACUUGAGUGUAGCGGAUAGAUCGGAAGUUGCAGAAUUACUCCAGUUGUCAGAAACUCAAGUAAAAACUUGGUAUCAAAAUCGCAGGACAAAGUGGAAACGACAGAACCAGAGCCAGCAACUUCUGUCUGGGGACCCGAAAGCGUUGACUUACUCCUCCCCCUCUCCGAGAUGCAAGGAGGACGACUCUCCCCACCCGUCCCCAGGAUCCAAUUUCCACUUGUACUCCACCACGACGACGACGACGACGACGACAAAGGCGGCUCCUCCAUUGUCUCCCCCAAUUUCCCCCGUUGACAGCUCCACAUACUUCUCACAUCUGUACAAAGUCAUGCAAACCAACCCCACCCUCGCCUGCAUAAUGUUCCAGUCAAUGGUUCCAGAAUUCCACUUUUCUCAACUUCCCCACUCGAACAUGUCUCACUCCAGUAGUGGCUGCACCAACGGCCAUGAUCCCAAUUUGUAA